AUGGCCCUCAAACCAGGCGACAAGUUCCCCGACAACGUAGUCUUCCAGUAUAUCCCCUACGCGGAGGAAAGCAGCGACAUCAACGCCUGCGGCAUCCCAAUCAACUACAACGCGUCAAAAGAAUGGGCCGAUAAGAAAGUUGUCCUCUUCGCCGUUCCUGGCGCAUUCACCCCUACCUGCUCGGAGAACCACCUACCCGGGUACAUCAAGAGUCUCCCCCAGCUGAAGGAAAAGGGCGUACAGAUUGUUGCUGUCGUCGCGUCGAACGAUCCGUUCGUGAUGAGUGCGUGGGGCAAGGCGAAUCAGGUCAAGGGAGAUGAUAUCCUGUUUCUCUCUGAUCCCCAGGCGAGGUUCUCGGAUAGCAUCGGGUGGGCGAAUGCGGGACGGACGGGCCGGUAUGCGAUUAUUAUUGACCAUGGGAAGGUGACGUAUGCGCAGAUUGAGACGGAGAGGGGGGUCAAGGUUUCCGGUGCGGAUGCCGUUCUGGCGCAUUUGUGA